GAUCGAGGAGUUUUGCGAACCUAAUUCGGCAAGCGAAUGCGCGCAACCGAGGUGGUGCAUCCGGUGAGCGGUACGACGAUGGCUGCGCCGCCACUGAAGAACACGUUCGUGCUAUACUCCCUAGUGGGCGAAGAACUGGAACCUGUACAGGAGAGCAAACCGCAGCGCGGACCUGACACCAACUGGAAUGCCUUUGUGCUGCCGCUACCGUCCACAGGAGGCCGCGUGCGGCUUGCAGACGUACAGAAAGCGUUCCCUCUGGGAAACAAUUAUCACUUCGCCUUCCGCUGCGAGGAUGGUGCGUACUUGGACUUGACGAAUCCGGACUCGGCUGUUCCGUUCUGUGGCCGCAAGAUCCUGGCGCGGAUUACGCCGCUGGAUGACGAGCCCAGUGUCGAAUAUCUACACUAUGAGGAGCCUCGUGAGACUGCACCAUCCUCAGGGCCGGCGCCGAUUCCAGCAGUGACGAAGACUCGUACCGAGAGUUAUGGAAGUAGCACAACGGAACGUCGUCAUCGCGACGACUAUGAGGAGUUCGAGUCCACGACUUACGAGUCCCAAGAUGAAGAACCGCCAGCUUCAGUUGUACGUUCGCCAUCGCGGGAUAAAAUGCGGAAGGAGCAAGCGGAGAGUGACUGGAAUCACAAUAGCUACCAGGACGGUGGUAAUGGAUACAAUGCGGGCGAUGAGAAUCGCAGCUCUCAAUUUGGUCGUGAUGAUCGAUACGACUCCAGUGGGAGAUCAGGCUCUCGUGAAUGGACCGAGGCAGGCAAAGACGCACAGGCUUAUCUGCGGAAACAGACGGAGCAAGCCUACGACUUUGCCAAGAAGAUUUCUAUCGAGGAUGCCAAGAAAGGAGCGUCGGAGACAGCCAAGAAGGCGAAGAAGUGGGGUGGCUCCUUGCUUUCGUCGAUUAGCGCAACUAUUUCCAAUGCUAGUGCGAACGUUUCGAAGAACGAAACCAUUCAAGUUGGCGGUGUCACCGUGCAAGUCGUGCGGUUACUCGCCGAGGGUGCCUAUGCUCAAGUGCUUUUAGUUCGGUCGUCAGCCACCAACGAAACUUUUGCGCUUAAACGAAUCCUCUGCCAGUCCCAGGAGGUUGAAAAUGACGUGCAGAUGGAGCUCCAAGUCUUCCGUUCCGUCAAGCACCUAAACAUCAUGCCACUUGUGGAGUUUUCUGAAGCACGAGUUCAACAGGGAAUGGAGUUUUACUUUUUGGUCCCGUAUUUCGAACGCGGAAGUUUGUGGGAUGCGAUUAAUGCCGCGUGCCAGUCAUCGUCGCCUUUAUGGCCGUUUACGCAGCGGACAGCACUUCAUCUUUUUCAUGGCAUUUGCUCAGGCGUGCUUGCUCUGCACCGAUCGGGCUUUUGCCACAGAGACAUCAAGCCUCACAACAUCCUGCUGUCCUCGUCGUUCAGCGGCGAGGAUUUCCUUGCCUACAUACCGGUGGUGACAGACUUUGGUAGCUGUGCUCCGAUUCGUGUAGAAGUCAAUUCACGUCGGAAUUCGCUCGAGUUGCAAGAUGAAGCAAACCGCAAGAGCUCAGCUCCUUAUCGCGCACCGGAACUUUUCGAGCCAACGGUUGACGUCGCGCUGGACGGUCAGUCGGACGUAUGGUCUCUUGGUUGUGUACUUUAUACGAUGGCAUUUGGAACAAGUCCAUUUGAGCACCCGCGAGAGGGCUUUAUGAAGCUGGCAUGUUUAAACGGCCGAGUGUCAUUCCCACCAGAGCAAGGCGGCGUCGUGCACCAUCGCGGCACACAAUUUACGGCCGAGUUCUGUGACUUCAUUCGUGACAUGCUACACACAAACCCCGAGGAGCGACCGUCAGUCUUGGAUGCACUCGAGUUUACUGAAGAGCUCCUCAACGACGAGAUGCAGCGGUAAGACCUCACAGCAUACAUUUUCUUCUCUCCUUACCGUGCUUUCAAAUAUAAAAUUGAACUGGCAAGAGAAACCCAAGAUAAAAGAAGAAUUCAUUUUUAAAAUGUGGACUAACCUCAAAAACCAGCUCGUUGCAAACACGA